CAACUCCGUACUCCGCCGAGACACAGAGGGAGAGAAACUAGGGCUCGUUGUCCCCGUUUCCGAUAACGAAGGGGUUUCACCUCACUCCCCGGUGAGCGGUAACUCCACCCCAACAUCUACUCUCACGAACUCCAAGGAAUCUUCUCUCACUCUCUCUCUCGCGUUUCCGAACAAGAGUACUCUCUCUCUCUCUCUCUCUCUCUCUCUCUCUCAAAUCUGAGCGUGACAGAGAAAAAACGUACGGAAAAUUUAGUAAUCUAUUUUUGGGCCAUUUUUCCUUUAUAUAUUUGUUUGUGGAAAUAUAUAAGUAUAAGUAAUUUUUUAGAGAUGAUAAAUAAUAACGAAAUAUAAGUAAAUUAUUAUAAAAAUAAUAAUAAAUAAUAAAUAAUAAAUAAUAAAUGAGGUGAGAUUAAGAUGGAUGUGGUCACCUUCGGCGUGAUCGUGGGCAUCGUCGUCCUCCUCUUCCUCCUCGUCCUCUUCAUUACUCUCGAGGGCGUUUGCAAACGCUCCUCCUCCUCCUAACCCUAACCCUAACCCUAACCCUAACCCUAAACCGUAACCGCAUUAAGCAUGCCUCUCUCCUCGCCUCCGCCGCGGCGGGGCCGCCCCGUCCUUCUCCUGCUCGUCGCCGCCGCCGCUUCUGUCGUCGUCGCCGCGCACACGGAGGACUCGGGGGCUUGCCCCUUCUCCGCCCCCGCCGGAUUCGAUCACCAUCACCACCACGACGAUCACCACCACCACCACCAUGAUCAAGAUGCCGAGAUCCGGCGCCAGAAGCUUCCGGAAGAGCUCGCGGAGGAGGAGGAUCUGAUGCGCGACGGAUUAGGGCACAAUCACCAUCACCACCAUCACGAUCAGGAUGACGAUCAUCACCAUCAUCAUUACCACUCGCACGGGGAUCUCGAUGCUGAGACAUCUCCUUUAGGUGUUUGGUUAAGCGCAAUGGGGUGCUCGCUUCUCGUUAGCAUGGCGUCGCUUAUUUGCCUCAUUCUCCUUCCUUUGAUCUUCUUUCAGGGAAAGCCGUCCAAGGGCGUCGUCGAUUCUUUGGCGUUGUUUGGGGCAGGGGCAAUGCUUGGGGAUGCUUUUCUUCAUCAAUUGCCACACGCAUUUGGUGGGGGGCAUUCUCAUUCGCAUGACAAUCAUGAUCAUCAGCAUGAUCACGGACACUCGCAUGCUCAUUCUUUACAAGAUCUUUCUAUUGGUUUAUCUAUUUUGUUUGGGAUUGUACUUUUUUUCCUUGUUGAGAAGGUUGUAAGGUAUGUUGAAGAUAAUUCUAGAAAGGGGACCAGUCAUUUGAGUCAUGGACACCACCACCACCACCACCACCAUAAACACCACAACAAAGUCGAUGAUGAUGAUGACAACAAUGAUGAGUUCAAUUCCAAGCAUACUGAUGACAAGACUAGGGACAUAGGUGAUGCACAAUCACAAAAAGCUUCAGUUGAUGAAGCUGAUGAACAAGUUAAUGAUGGCAAUCUUACUGAACACAAAGCCCUUCUGCGUAAGAGAAGCACUUCUGGAGGUGGCAACAUAACUGAUGGAGAAGUUGUAAAUGCUCCAAAUGCUACUGCCAUGGAGAAGCCAUUACAGCAUGAGAAAGAUCUUCACUCUUCACACUCAAACUUGGUGUUUGGCUAUCUUAAUCUUUUCUCUGAUGGUGUGCAUAAUUUUACCGAUGGUAUGGCUCUGGGAAGCGCUUUUUUACUGCAUGGUUCGGUUGGAGGGUGGUCUAGAACAUUGUUUCUGCUAGCUCAUGAACUUCCUCAAGAGGUUGGUGAUUUCGGAAUCUUGGUGCGGUCAGGAUUCACGGUCUCCAAAGCUCUGUUUCUCAAUUUUCUUUCUGCACUGGUGGCAUUGGCUGGGACUGCACUAGCUUUGGUUUUAGGAAAAGAUCCAGGGCACUCCUCGUUAAUUGAGGGAUUUACCGCCGGUGGCUUCGUUUACAUAGCAGUCGCGGGAGUACUCCCAGAAAUGAAUGAUGGAAAGACGACUAUCAAAAGCACUGUAAUGCAGUUGAUGUCUUUGUUACUAGGAACACUUGUCGCUCUCUGUAUUUCCCUUGUAGAAUGAUUCUGCUCUUCCGCUAUUUUGUUCUUAUAUUGUUCAUCUGUAACUUAUGUAUCAGCAAAAUCAUAACAUAUUCACUUCAAGAAUGAUUUAUACUCCACAGGGAAGUUUUAGGUAGUCCGGUGUAUUGUGCGGCACAAUACACUGGUGAUCUUGUUGUGUAUUCCUCGUGGAUCUUGCUCUGCAAUCUUUUCCAAUCUUUCAAUUGUUACAGUUGGAUACCUAAUCUUUAAUGUUAUACAAUCUCAUUUCUUCUGAUAAUUCUAA